UCACAUGAAGUGCUCUAUUUCUGGUCCAACGGUGCAGCAGACACUUUCUUAGGCCACUUCACCACUACCUCACCACCACCACCACCUCAUCCUCCUCCUCGUCCUCCUCCUCUUCCUCACUUCCAACCCGACUCGCUCGCCUCCCACUCACCUUACGCUUACCGACAUCGUCCCCACCAACACCAUGGGUCGCCCACCGAGUCUCUACUCCUUCGCCAAUGUCGACAAGGACCUGGCUCCGAACCUGCGAAAGUACAUCCUCGAAGCCCAGAACGAAGCCCUCAGCCGUCACAACGGAGCCUUUCGCAUAGCCGUCUCCGGAGGUUCUCUCCCCAAAACCCUCGCCAAAGCCCUCCUCGCGCCUUCCAAUGGCACUCCCGAAGACACUCCCGACUUUGCCAAGUGGGAAAUUUUCUACGCCGACGAACGCGUCGUCCCUCUCGACCACGAAGACUCCAACCACCGACUCGUGAAAGAAGAUCUCCUCGACCACAUCCCCGAGACAUUGGGCCGGCCCAAAGUCUUCCCCAUUGACGAGCAAUGUCUCGACGAUGCGCAAGAAUGCGCCGAUCAAUACGAGCAAACUCUCGUUUCCAUCUUCGCCCAACGCGAUUCCGUCAAACUGCCCCUCUUCGAUCUCAUCCUCCUCGGCUGUGGACCCGACGGACACACGUGCUCGCUCUUUCCCGACCAUCCUCUGCUACGCGAGAAGAAUGCGUGGAUCCUCUCCAUCAAUGACUCGCCCAAGCCGCCGCCGAAACGCAUCACGCUCAGCUUGCCCGUGGUGGUGCAUGCGUCCAAGAUUGCCUUUGUGGCCACGGGGGCCGGCAAGAAGGAGGUGAUUAAGAAGAUUUUUGAAACCGAGCAAGGCGCGAGUCUGCCAUGUGGCUUGGUGAAUGCGCAGGCUGCGGAGCGGGUGAGCUGGUUUUGCGAUGCUGCGGCGACCGAAGGGGUCAAUUUUCCGAGAAGAGGUAGUGUGAUAUAAAGAAUUUUCUCUCUCUCUUUCUCCUCUCUUUUUUUUCUGGGCGAAAGCACAUGAAAAGUAUACAUACUGAGAAAAAGCUGUAGAUGUGCGUGCAGGCAUGGCAUUGCUGUCGAUUAGAUGAGAUACCAUUUCAAUGAAGCAACGGUCGCAACGGCCGUGGGGGAACACUACUACUACAUGUCAGGCCGGGAGUAUGCAUGCGUACACGCACCCAUCGAAGAAAGGAAACAUGAUUCUGGGUUGGAAAUGGAUGGUACAUGUACAUUUGCACUGAAGCGUCAUGAAUAAUACUAUAUUCUUGCCCUUUU